UUAAAUAGUGGCCACCCGUUUCCUCCUCUCGCCUGCGCUAUCCCGUGGUCACCGCUUCCUACGAAACCACUCCCAGAUCCCGCCGCGCUUCCAGAACCCUCUCGAAGCUCCGCGCCUCCGCCCGCUCCGAUGGCGAAGGAACCGAUGCGCGUGCUCGUCACGGGCGCCGCAGGACAAAUUGGAUAUGCGCUUGUUCCCAUGAUUGCUAGGGGAGUUAUGCUGGGUUCCGACCAGCCUGUUAUUCUGCACAUGCUGGACAUUCCACCUGCAGCUGAAGCUCUCAACGGCGUUAAGAUGGAGUUGGUUGAUGCUGCAUUUCCUCUUCUGAAGGGUGUUGUUGCAACAACCGAUGUUGUGGAGGCCUGCACUGGUGUGAAUGUUGCGGUUAUGGUUGGUGGAUUCCCCAGGAAGGAGGGAAUGGAAAGGAAAGAUGUUAUGUCAAAAAAUGUUUCAAUCUAUAAAGCUCAAGCAUCCGCCCUCGAAGCUCAUGCAGCCCCCAACUGCAAGGUUCUGGUUGUUGCCAACCCAGCAAAUACUAAUGCUCUUAUCUUGAAAGAAUUCGCUCCAUCUAUUCCUGAGAAGAACAUUACUUGCCUGACCCGCCUGGACCACAACAGGGCCCUUGGUCAGGUUUCCGAGAAACUUAAUGUCCAAGUUAGUGAUGUGAAGAAUGUUAUUAUCUGGGGUAACCACUCGUCCUCUCAGUACCCUGAUGUUAACCAUGCCACUGUGAAGACUUCCAGUGGAGAGAAGCCUGUUCGGGAACUUGUUGCUGAUGAUGAAUGGCUAAAUGGAGAAUUCAUCAAAACUGUCCAGCAGCGUGGUGCUGCAAUCAUCAAAGCGAGAAAGCUCUCCAGUGCUCUAUCUGCUGCCAGCUCUGCUUGUGACCACAUUCGUGAUUGGGUUCUUGGAACCCCUGAGGGAACAUAUGUUUCCAUGGGUGUGUACUCUGAUGGUUCGUACGGUGUGCCUGCUGGACUGAUUUACUCCUUCCCAGUAACAUGCAGUGAUGGUGAAUGGAAAAUCGUUCAAGGCCUCCCGAUCGAUGAGUUCUCGAGGAAGAAGAUGGAUGCUACCGCCCAGGAGCUGUCGGAGGAGAAGGCUCUUGCAUACUCAUGCCUUGAGUAAACUCUAGCAUACUCGAGAGCAAUCGCUACUCCUAUGUUUUGAAUAAAAGAAACUCCAGCUCCAUUCAUAGAAGAAACUCAUUCAGAACUGCUGCACGUCGCCGUGCAGCCGCGUUGCUGGUUUUGCCCAGCGUGUAUGAGCCAUGUAACUCCUUUUUGCCUGAUGAUUUGCAGGACAUCUAUUCAAAACUUGGAAUUGAACCGUUUGACAUCUGAUGGAAGUGGAACUAUAGUUUUGUUGCU